AUGUAUCGGGAUAAAAUUUUUGGUAAUCAUGACACAAAUACUCAUUUAUAUUCUUCUAUACCAAAUAGAAAGGAGCCAGGAGACGGUGGAAUCGAUCAUUUUGGCGGUUACAGGGGAUAUACAGUUAUUGGCCAGUGCAAAAACUAUCUCGAACCUGGAUCAAUUGGACCGCAAUAUUUACGUGAUUUAGAAGGUGUUUUAUCCAGAUAUCACAAAUAUACAACAAUUGGUAUCUUAGUAGCACCUUCGAAAGCAAGUUUCAGUAAAAAAAUGAUUAGUAGAGCUAAAUCAUCUGAAUAUAUCAUAAUCCUAACGGAUAUAGCAAAUGCUUAUUCAGAUUUGGUUCGCUUAUCUCCAAGACCAAAUAUAUUUACUCAUUCUUUUACAAUUUUAAAAUUAGAAUUAGAAGAUGAAAAAUAUGAUGGGCAAUAUUACCGCAUCAUGUGUUUGUUAACGCGUAAACAAUUUCCAGAAGUUCCACCGAUUACUUUAUAUUUUCAUGGU